GAGUGGAGGGCUUUGUGUGGGCGCCGCCUUGGUGGCGUUUGUCUCCUCUUAGGAGUUCUGGGUUCGCCGCGGGCUGUCACUCUGUGAGUCACCAGUGCUGGGAGAGUGGCAGGGAGGACGCCGGGACACUCGGAACCUGGUCAUCCCGGAACUGGGGUAUCUGGAACCCGUAAAUCCCGGAACCCAAGCUACCCGGUCACCUGGCAACCCGGACAUGAGCCCUGCUUUCUUAUUGAGAACAAGCCCACAUUAGCUUACUGGAGUAUGAGACCCCAUGGAGAGGAGAACCAAGGUGCUCCAGUUUGCAGCCAGCUUCUCAUCAUCUAACAGUAAAAACCUGAAGGAUUCCAGCCAAGCCCUGCCUGAACUAUCAUUCAAAGAUGUGUCCAUUGAUUUCUCUCCAGAGGAGUGGGAAUGCCUGGACCCUGCUCGGUGGAAUUUGUAUAGGGAUGUGAUGUUGGAGAAUUACAGAAACCUUGUUGCACUGGGUCUUUCAGUGUGUAAGCCCUACCUGGUCAAAUUUCUGGAGCAAUGGAAAGAGCCUUGUAAUGUGAAGGGACAAGAGCCUGGAGCCAUAUACCCAGAGAACCUUUGCAAAUAUAACACAUCUGGAGAAAACUUUGAACAACAUUCAGAACUUACCAUGCAUCGGGUCCAUAUUCAAGAGAAGUCUUACAAACAUAAAGAACAUGGCAAAGCUUUUAUUGAUGAUGCAACCUCUAAUCAACAUCAGAGGGUUAAUAUGGGAGAGAAGCUUUACACAUGUAAAGAAUGUGGGAAAGCCUUUAAUAAAUAUUCAACCCUUAUCCAACACCAAAUAAUUCAUACUGGAGAGAAACCUUACAGUUGCAAAGAAUGUGGCAAAGCAUUUAAUAAUCGUUCUACUCUUACUCGACACCAGAUAAUUCAUAGUGGAGCAAAACCCUAUAAAUGUCAAGAAUGUGGCAAAGCCUUCAAUAAUAGUUCAACCCUUACUCGACACCAGAUAAUUCAUACAGGAGAAAAACCCUACAAAUGUAAAGUAUGUGACAAAGCCUUUAACUGUUCUUCAUACUUUAACCAACACCAGAAAAUUCAUUCUGAAGAGAUUCCAUAUAGAUGUAAAGAAUGUAGCAAACCCUUUAGCUGUUUUUCACAACUUAAUCAGCAUCAGCGAAUCCAUACUGGAGAAAAACCAUAUAUAUGUAAAGAAUGUGGCAAAGCCUUUAACUGUUCUUCACACCUUAACCAACAUCAGAGAAUUCAUACUGGAGAGAAACCCUAUAGAUGUACAGAGUGUGGUAGAGCCUUUUCCUGUUCUUCACACCUUAAUCAACAUCGGAUAAGUCAUACUGCUGAGAAGCCCUACAAAUGCAAGGGAUGUGGCAAAGCCUAUAAUUGUUCUUCAUACCUCAAUCAACAUCAGAGAAUUCAUACUGGAGACAGCCUCUACAAAUGUAAAGAAUGUGGCAAGGCUUGUAACUGUUCUUCACAUCUUAAUCAGCACCAAAGAAUUCAUACUGGAGAGAGACCCUAUAGGUGUAAAGAAUGCGACAAAGCAUUUAAUUGUUCUUCACACCUUUAUCGACACCAGGUGAUUCAUACUGGAGAUAAGCCCUACCAGUGUAAACAAUGUGACAAAGCUUUUAAUGACAGCUCAACACUUUCUCGACACCAGAGAAUUCAUACUGGAGAAAAACCUUAUCAAUGCAAAGAGUGUGGGAAAGCCUUUAAUAAUUGUUCAACCUUUACUAGACACCAGAGAGUUCAUAAAGGAGAAAUGCCCUACAAAUGUAAAGACUGUGGUAAAGCAUUUAAAUAUCGCUCAACACUUUAUCAACACCAUAUAAUUCAUAUUGCAGCAAAACCCUACAAAUGUAAAGAAUGUGGCAAAGCCUUCAAGAGAAGUAAAAACCUUAUUCAACACCAGAUAGUUCAUAAGAGAGAGAAACCAUACAAAUGUAAAGAAUGUGGCAAAGCCUUUAGUACAUGUUCAAUCCUUACUCAACACCAGAUAAUUCAUACUGGUGAGGAACCCUACAAAUGUAAAGAAUGUGGCAAAACCUUUAAAUAUAAUUCAACUCUUACUCAACAUGAAGUAAUUCAUACUGAAGCCAAACCCUACAAAUGUCAAGAAUGUGGCAAAGCUUUCAAGAGAAGUCACACCCUUACUCAACAUCAGAUAAUUCAUAAAGGAGAGAAACCUUAUAAAUGUAAAGAAUGUGGUAAAGCCUUUAGUAAGCAUUCAGCCCUUACUCAGCACCAAGUAAUUCAUACUGGAGAGAAACCGUAUAGAUGUCAAGAAUGUGGCAAAGCUUUCAAAUACCAAUCAACCUUUACUCGACAUCAAGUAGUUCAUACUGGAGCAAAACCCUACAAAUGCCAAGAAUGUGGCAAAGCUUUCAAUAAUAGUUCAACCCUUACUCGACACCAGAUAAUUCACACAGGAGAGAAACCGUACAGAUGUCAAGAAUGCGAUAAGGCCUUUUACUGUUCUUCAUUCUUGAUCCAACAUAUGAAAAUUCAUUUUGAAGAGAUGCCCUAUAGAUGUAAAGAAUGUGGCAAACCCUUUAGGCUUUCUUCACAGCUUAUUAGGCAUCAGAGAAUUCAUACUGGAGAGGAACCUUACGUAUGUAAAGAAUGUGGUAAAGCCUUUAAAUAUCAGUCAAACCUUACUCGACACCAAAUACUUCAUACUGGAGCAAAACCCUACAAAUGUAAAGAAUGUGGCAAAGCUUUCAAUAAUAGUUCAACCCUUACUCGACACCAGAUAAUUCAUACAGGAGAGAAAGCCUAUAGAUGUCAAGAAUGUGGCAAAGCAUUUUACUGUUCUUCAUACUUGAUCCAACAUAUGAAAAUUCAUUUUGAAGAGAUGCCUUAUAGAUGUAAAGAAUGCAGUAAACCCUUUAAAUGUUCUUCACAGCUUGUUCGACAUCAGAGGAUUCAUAGUGGAGAGAAACCCUAUAUAUGUAAAGAAUGUGGCAAAGCCUUUAACUGUACUUCAUACCUUACUAAGCAUCAGAGAACUCAUACUGGAGAGAAACCCUAUACAUGUAAACAAUGUGGUAAAGCCUUUAAUUGUUCUUCAUACCUUUCUAAACAUCAGAGAAUUCAUAUUGGAGACAGACUCUACAAAUGUGAAGAGUGUGGCAAAGCCUAUUACUUUUCUUCACAGCUUAAUCGACAUCAGAGAAUUCAUAGUGGAGAGAAGCCCUUUGUAUGUAAAGAAUGUGGAAAAGCCUUUAGUUGUUCUUCAUAUCUUUAUAAACACCGGAGAAUUCACAUUGUAGAAAAACCGUAUAUAUGUAAAGAAUGUGGUAAAACCUUUAACUGGUCUUCAUACCUUAUUAAACAUCAGAAAAUUCAUACUGGAGACAAACUCUACAAAUGUGAAGAAUGUGGCAAAGCCUAUUACUUUUCUUCACAGCUUAAUCGACAUCAAAGAAUUCAUACUGGAGAAAAACCCUAUAGAUGUAAAGAAUGUGGCAAAGCUUUUAUCACUUCCUCCAGCCUUAAGCGGCACCAGGACACUCAUACUCUAGUGAAAUGCAGCGGUGUAUAGAAUUUGGCAGUGUUUCAAUAGCAGUUCAAACCCUUUCUUGUCAUCAUGUGUUUCCUACAGGAGAAAAUCUUGUACAUUGAAAGAAUGUGGUAAAACAUUUAACAUUUGCUGAACCUCUAGUUAGCACCAAAGGACUCAUACAUGAGGGAAACACUACAAAUGUAAGGAGAGUGACAAAAUCUUUAGCAAAUGUUCAGUAGUUACUAGACACUAAAAGAAUCCAUAGUGGAGAGUAACCUAUGGAUGUAAUAACAUAGUUUGGCCUUUGAUCAAAGGUCAUCCUUAUUGAACAUCAGCAGAUUUCUAUUGCAAAGAGCACUAGCCUUUGUACAACCCUCAGAAGAACCCAAUACUUAACACUGGAAAUCUCUUCACAAAUGUGAAGAAUGUAGCAAAACCUUUAGUCAUACAUUGAAUCUUAAUGUACAUAAAGGAAUUAUUGUAGGGGAGGGACCCAAUGAAUAUGAAGAAUGUGGUAAAAUUGUGGACUUCUCAUAAUUUACUGGACAUUGUUAUUUGAUGAGGUAGAAAAAAAUGCAUCUCAGAUAUCAGGGAUGUAAAUUUAUUAUAAAUCCAAAUGUACUAAAUGGUUUCACUGUUUAAAAUGCACAAAGCACAACUCUCAGGUAAUUUUAUUAGAGGAGCAAGCCAGCUUUCUGAAAAAUUUUAAAGUAUUUUCUCCAGAGAGUAUAAAACGGAUUUUGAUUUAUUUAUUUUUAUUUAUGUAUAAGAGUGUUUUGCCUGCAAAUAUGU